CUGCGAAAACUGCAAGAACGAAGGCAGUUGAACCAACAACUUCUACAUCAGGACCCACAACAACAACCGGACCAAUAACGACAAGUGGUGGACUAAAAAAAACCACUGCAGGACCAUCAACAAAAGGACGAAAAACAACAACAGCCGAACUUGUGACAACCGCAGUAGCAACAACAACAUCUGCAGGAUCUACAUCCACAACAGAAGGGGCCACAACGAGAGGAAGAACACCUGCAGGACGAACAAUGACAACUGCAGGACCAAUAACAACGAAUGCAAGACCCAGAACUACUUCAGCAGGACUCACUUCAACUGCAGUACAGAAAUCAACAACUGCAGGAAUAACAAAAACGACAACAGUGCAAACAACAUCAACUGCUGUACCAACAACUACUAAAGCAGGACCCAAAACAACAACAGGACCAAUAAAGACAACUGCUGAACUGACAUCAACAACUGCAGGACCAACAACUACGACUGCGAAAACUCCAAGAACAACGGCAGGACCAACAACUACAACUGCUGAACUAACAUCGACAACUGCAGGAUCAACAACUUUUGCAGAAAAACCUGCAGCCACAACUGCAGGCCCAACAACAACUGCAAGACCUAUCACUUCUACUGUUGUACCCAAAACAAUAAUUGAAGGAAAAACAACAACAGCCUCAGAACCAACAACUUCUACAUCAGUACCCACAACAACAACAACCAGACCAAUAACGACAACCGCAGUAGCAACAACAACAUCUGCAGGAUCUACAUCCACAACAGAAGGAGCCACAAGAACAACAACUGGUGGACUAACAAAAGCCACUGCAGGACUAACAACCACGACUGCGAAAACUCCAAUAACAACAGCAGGACCAACAACUACAACUGUUGAACUAACAUCGACAACUGCAGGAUCAACAACUUUUGCAGAAAAACCUGCAACCACAACUGCAGGACCAACAACAACUAUAGGACCAACAAAAACUGCGAGACCUAUCACUUCUACUGUUGUACCCAAAACAAUAAUUGAAGGAAAAACAACAAAAGCCUCAGAACCAACAACUUCUACAUCAGGACCCACAACGACAACAACUGUAGGACCAACAAAAAAUGGAAGACCUAUCACUUCUACUGCUGUACCCAAAACAAAAGCUGAAGGAAAAAUAACAACAGCCUCAGAACCAACAACUUCUGAAUCAGGACCCACAACAACAACAACAACUGGUGGACUAACAAAAACCACUGCUGGACCAACAACUACGUCUGCGAAAACUGCAAGAACAAAGGCAGUUGAACCAACAACUUCUACAUCAGGACCCACAACAACAACCGGACCAAUAACGACAAGUGGUGGACUAACAAAAACCACUGCAGGACCAUCAACAAAAGGACGAAAAACAACAACAGCCGAACUUGUGACAACCGCAGUAGCAACAACAACAUCUGCAGAAUCUACAUCCACAACAGAAGGGGCCACAACGAGAGGAAGAACACCUGCAGGACGAACAAUGACAACUGCAGGACCAAUAACAACGAAUGCAAGACCCAGAACUACUUCAGCAGGACUCACUUCAACUGCAGUACAGAAAUCAACAACUGCAGGAAUAACAAAAACGACAACAGUGCCAACAACAUCAACUGCUGUACCAACAACUACUAAAGCAGGACCCAAAACAACAACAGGACCAAUAAAGACAACUGCUGAACUGACAUCAACAACUGCAGGACCAACAACUACGACUGCGAAAACUCCAAGAACAACGGCAGGACCAACAACUACAACUGCUGAACUAACAUUGACAACUGCAGGAUCAACAACUAUUGCAGAAAAACAUGCAACCGAAACUGCAGGACCAACAACAACUGUAGGACCAACAAAAACUGCGAGACCUAUCACUUCCACUGUUGUACCCAAAACAAUAACUGAAGGAAAAACAACAACAGCCUCAGAACCAACAACUUCUACAUCAGGACCCACAACAACAACUGUAGGAUCAACAACGCCAACUGUUGAACCAACAUCAGCAGCAAAAGAAACAACGACUAUGCCAACAGAAGAGACGACUGCAGAAGAGACGUCUGCUGGACCCACAAAAACAACAGCAGGACCAACUACGCCAUCUGAAGAACCAACAACAACAACUGCUGGAACCAGAGCUAAAACUACAGGACUCACAACAAAAACUGCAGGACAAACAACGACAACUUUUGAACCAACAACAAUUGCAGGACCUACCACUGCUACUGCAAGACUAUUAUCCACUACAGUAGGAGCAACAACAACUGCAGGACUAACAAAGCCAACUGUUGAACAUCCAACAACAACUGCAGUGCCAAAACCAACAACUGCAGGUCCAUCAACUACUACAGCAAGAUCCACAACAACAACAACUGCAGGACGAAAAACGACAACUGCUGAACCAACAUCGACAACUGCAGGAUCAACAACUUUUGUAGAAAAACCUGCAGCCACAACUGCAGGACCAACAACAACUGCAAGACCUAUCACUUCUACUGUUGUACCCAAAACAAUAACUGAAGGAAAAACAACAACAGAAUCAGACCCAGCAACUUCUACAUCACGACCCACAACAACAACAACCGGACCAAUAACGACAACUGCUUUACCAAAACAAACUGCAGGAUCAUCAACAACAACAACAUUAAAUACUACCGCGGGUUCAACAACAACAACUGAUCAACAACGCCAACUGCUGAACCAACAACAACUGCUGGUCAAAUAG